CAGAGAAGAGGAAGAUAGAAACAGAAACAGACAAGACACUCGUGUAAAAAUCUUUUUUUUUCCACUGCUAAAGACUGCAGCAUCAUAACUAAAAUGGAGACUUAGAAGACAUUGGAGGUGUAUUGGCACCUAUUGCUAAGGCCGCAUUAAGGAUCAAAGUACUUCUCCCGCCUUUUGGCCAGGAUUUAACAGGCAACAGAUACGACCAGAUAUGUUGUCUCAUUGGCUUUGUCUGGUGUUGAUUGCCUUACAUGUCGAGAGGCCUACAGGCAAGUAUUGUAGCACUAUGCUCAUGCAAUGGUUUCCCAUUUUAUCUUAAAUUGCUAAUGAGCACGAUGGCUAACUAUUACAUUUUGUAACUCUGACCCUACAGCGUCAGUUUCAUUUUCUAUCCAGGUUCCUGGUGAGAAAAUCCAGACCUUUCCGGGCGACACAGUCACCUUGCCCUGUUCAGUGGUGCCCACUUUUCACCCCGAUGAGGUGCGCUGGUACCGUACUGACAAAUAUGCCACGCCAAUCCUGCUUUACAAGAAGCCCCAGAAGGACAUGGGCACGCCACUGCCUACUGACCCCCAGUAUGAGGGAAGGGCAUCUCUGUUCGGGACCCUUGAGAGUGGCGUUGCAUCCUUAAGCAUAAAGAAUGUCACUGUGGCGGACACAGGGGAGUACAUCUGCUACAUACAGCAUGACAGCUGGUACGAGAAAGGAAACGUCUUCAUAGAGGUCAAAGUGCUGGGUUCUAGCCCACUGAUGACAGUCGCAUAUGAAGGCAGUGGACAGGUGAAUGUUACCUGUAUAUCAGAGGGUUGGUCGCCACAACCCACAGUCACCUGGACAAACCAAAAAGGAAUUGAGAUCAAAAAAGGCCUCCAUGAAAUGCAUUCCAUUGAUGAUCAGGGUUUGAUGACAGUUGGUUCUUGGCUGCUCGCCCCACCCCUGGGAUCAGACGGCUACAUCUGCUCUGUGGGUCUAUCUGACCUGGAGAAGACACAGAGCAGGUUGGCUUUAAACCUGUCCCAAGGAAAGACAUCUGCGGAUACACAAACAGGAGUGGGGGGAACUGUCGUCAUUGUCCUUCUGGUUCUGGUUCUUCUGGCAGUGUUUAUGGGCCUGCUUUAUAUGUAUAAGAAAGGUUUGAUUAAAUUGCCUGAAAAGACUGAUGGAAGAAAGGCUGAUGGUGAAAAAGGAGAACACAACCCUCUGACUGAUGGCGACAUAGAGGGAAAAGGCGAACUCAAACCUCUGACUGAAGAAGAAGAUGAGAAGAACCCAAAAGAAGAAGAUGCAAGAGAAGUCAGUGAUUCACCCCCAGUUAAACCUCCUCCGGUAAUGGUGGACAAGGGAACCAACACAGAGAUUCAUGUAGAUGCCACAACAAUGCCAGAUUAA